CCCACACUGAAUCCGAUCCAGGUCAGCUGUGGUGCUGGCUGCUCUGCACGCCAUCCAUUCCGGCCACCUGCAUCGUCGUCACGCGCCAGCCAGAGCCAGUCCGGCAGUCCCCGCUCCCACGUCCACCCUUCCCCACCCAUCCGCACUGCAUCCAAUCCUCGCCGCGCCGCCAGGAGCCCAGCCGACGGCAUGCCGCCGCCGCAGCCCAACUCCGGUCCCCGCCUCGCGCUUCCCGCCAUGGCCCGAUCCCGAUCCCAUUCCCAGUCCCAGGCGGACCUCGACUUCCCGUCCCUCAUCUCCGACCUCACCUCCCUACUCCUCCACUCCCCCACCGGCACCGCCUCCUCCUCCUCCUCCGGCCCAGUCUUCUCCUCCUCCUCCCUCUCCAUCCCCACCCCGACUCCCAAACCCAAGCCCACUCCCAGUCCCACAUCAGCAGCCGCCCCGACCCCGACCCCGCUGGCGCGCGCGGCCAUCGGGGCCUGCGCGGGCGCGGCAGCGGGGGCCUUCACCUACGCGGCGCUGCUCCCGAUCGACGCCGUCAAGACGCGGCUCCAGGUGCAGGCGGCCGCCGCGCCGUCCGCCACCUCCUGGCAGGUCUUCCUCGACAUCCUCCGCACCGACGGUCCCCUCGGCCUCUACCGCGGCCUCUCCGCCGUCAUCCUCGGCUCCGCCUCCUCCUCCGCCGUCUACUUCGGCACCUGCGAGCUCGCCAAGUCGCUGCUCCGCCCGCACCUCCCGCCCUUCCUCGUGCCGCCGCUCGCCGGGGCCAGCGGCAACGUCUCCUCCUCCGCCAUCAUGGUGCCCAAGGAGCUCAUCACGCAGCGCCUCCAGUCCGGCGCCGCCACGGGCCGCUCCUGGGAGGUGCUCCUCGGCAUCCUCCGCGCCGACGGCUUCUUCGGCCUCUACGCGGGCUACGCCGCAACGCUGCUCCGCAACCUUCCCGCCGGUGUGCUCAGCUACUCCUCCUUCGAGUACCUCAAGGCGUUCACGCUCAAGCGGCGCGCCGGGGAGAGCCUCACGCCCGGGGAGAGCGUCCUCUGCGGCGCCCUUGCGGGAGCAAUCUCCGCUGCUCUCACCACACCGCUCGACGUCGUCAAGACGCGCCUCAUGACAAGGGUCAGCACCGAGGGCAGCCGCACCGUGCUCGGCACCAUGAAGGAAGUCGUCGCGGAGGAGGGUCUCGUCGGCCUAUCCCGUGGCAUCGGACCAAGGGUGCUGCACAGCGCGUGCUUUGCGGCGCUGGGCUACUGUGCCUUCGAGACCGCAAGGCUUGCCAUCCUGCAGUGCUACCUUGAACGCUGCCAAAUCAAGGCCAAGGCCGCAGCACAGCCAGAGAUGGAGCCUGGAGUUGCUGCUGCUGCUACUUGAGGAGUUUGCCGUUGGCCUGCUUUCCUUUUGCGGCUUUUCCCCAAGCGAGGGAAGGCACCCCUACUACAUCAAGGCCAAUGUAUGGGUCACCAGUGAUCACUGCACGGCACGUGUAGCUUGAACUCUUACUAAGGAAGAGGGUCUUCAUCUUUUUAUGCCACUGUUUUGGUGCAGGCUGUCUUGUAAAGGUGACAUGCUGGGAAACCUUCAAAAGACAUAAGAUGAUAACACAUUAUGUUUCUGAAGUUAUGAUCAAUAAUGUAAUUUCUACUUACAGAUUAACUAUAGGUACCUUUGCUGCCCCUCCCAUAUUCAUGUAAUCGGCGACAGCUACCUGAAGAUCAUCUGCCCCUAACUCACGUGCUUCAAUAUUUGGGUGGCUGAUAUUUAAGCUUUCGAUUUGUUC